AAAAAACCAGAGGGAGCUAGUGAACCCCUCCACUCUUCUACACAGCGCGCACCUCUCGAAGGUUCUUCAACUUUCACGCUGAUCCUCACCACCGUCGCACAUCGCUCAUUUCCAUCUUUGGUAGGUGAGAAAUGGCGCUGGCGUUCGACGAUUUCGGGAGGCCGUUCAUAAUAAUAAGGGAGCAGGAGCAGAAGACGAGGCUGAGAGGGUUGGAUGCGCAGAAGGCCAACAUUUCGGCGGGAAAGGCCGUCGCUCGCAUUCUCCGCACGUCCCUCGGCCCCAAGGGCAUGGACAAGAUGCUCCAGAGCCCUGACGGCGACGUCACCAUCAGCAAUGAUGGUGCAACAAUCUUGGAGCAGAUGGAUGUGGACAAUCAAAUUGCAAAGCUGAUGGUUGAACUGUCCCGGAGUCAGGAUUAUGAGAUUGGUGAUGGCACGACUGGAGUUGUUGUCAUGGCUGGUGCACUUCUGGAGCAGGCUGAGCAGCUCUUGGAACGCGGUAUUCAUCCCAUUCGGAUUGCAGAGGGCUAUGAGAUGGCCUCAAGGAUAGCUGUUGAGCAUUUGGACCGUAUUGCUCAGAAGUACGAUUUUGGAGUGUCAAAUAUUGAGCCUUUGGUUCAAACUUGCAUGACUACUUUGUCCUCGAAGAUUGUCAAUCGAUGCAAGCGCAGUUUGGCUGAGAUUGCUGUUAAAGCAGUUCUUGCUGUGGCUGAUUUAGAGAGGAAGGAUGUUCGCCUAGACUUAAUAAAAGUAGAUGGGAAAGUAGGGGGUAAGUUGGAAGAUACUGAGCUAAUAUACGGAAUUGUUGUUGACAAGGAUAUGAGCCAUCCACAGAUGCCAAAGCAAAUUGAAGAUGCAAAAAUUGCGAUCUUGACUUGCCCCUUUGAGCCACCGAAGCCAAAGACUAAACAUAAGGUCGAUAUUGAUACGGUGGAAAAGUUCCAGACAUUACGCUUGCAAGAACAGAAGUAUUUUGAUGAUAUGGUUCAAAAAUGCAAGGAUGUUGGUGCUACCUUGGUUAUCUGUCAAUGGGGGUUCGAUGAUGAAGCAAAUCAUUUGUUGAUGCACAGGAACUUGCCGGCUGUCAGAUGGGUCGGUGGUGUGGAGUUAGAACUGAUAGCAAUAGCUACAGGUGGAAGAAUUGUGCCAAGGUUCCAAGAAUUGACCCCAGAAAAGUUGGGAAAGGCUGGUUUGGUUCAAGAAAAAUCAUUUGGUACAACGAAAGAUCGAAUGUUGUACAUUGAACAUUGUGCAAAUUCAAGGGCUGUAACCGUAUUUAUUCGUGGAGGUAACAAAAUGAUGAUAGAGGAGACAAAGCGCAGCAUCCAUGAUGCCUUGUGUGUUGCAAGGAAUCUCAUUCGCAACAAUUCUAUUGUGUAUGGUGGUGGCUCAGCUGAGAUUUCUUGUUCAGUUGCUGUAGAGGCCGCUGCAGAUAGAUAUCCAGGAGUUGAGCAGUAUGCUAUCAGAGCAUUCGCUGAUGCUUUGGAUGCUAUCCCCAUGGCACUUGCGGAGAAUAGUGGACUCCAACCCAUUGAAACGCUAUCUGUAGUGAAGUCACAGCAAAUUAAGGAGAACAAUCCCUACUGUGGAAUAGAUUGCAAUGAUGUUGGCACCAAUGACAUGCGUGAGCAAAAUGUGUUCGAGACUCUGAUUGGGAAGCAGCAGCAGAUCCUGCUGGCAACUCAAGUUGUCAAGAUGAUACUGAAAAUUGACGAUGUUAUCUCACCUUCUGAAUACUGAUAUGUCCAGGUCUAAGCUCUAUAAUUCUGCGUCACUUGAGCUCUCGGGUAUUUUGUUGGUUUUAUUUGGUGUCUCGAGUGACUCUGAGACCAUAAUGUUCUCUUGGAUGGAAACUUGUUGCUCAUAGAUUUUGGAGUGCCUUUGAUUGAAAUUGCAGUACGCUUUCUCUUGUGGUUAA